AUGGGAUUGAGUUCUCUGUUUGCAGAGUCCCACAGCCUCGGUUACGCUGACCUCUUGGUUUUCGUAGCUCCGCUUUGGAUUGCUGUGGCUGUCGGGGUUUUGGUGGGUUGGGUAUGGAGGCCCAAGUGGGCGUACCUCACCGGAGAUGAUGAUGAUGAUAAACUCUCUUCUUCUCCGAAAUUCUCCACCUUUCUCAACAACCUCCUAGAGCUUCCCACUACCAUCCUCAGAAGCAAUUCCCACUCUCUUCCCAGCCCUUGUCCCGAGACCGAGAAAGUGAAAUCUGGGUUUGUAACGGACGAUGAUUUUAGGCAUCUAUGGAAGCUGGUUGAGGUCAAAGAUGGCGGUCCUGCUUGGAUUCAAAUGAUGGACCGCUCAACUCGCACCUUCUCAUAUCAAGCUUGGAGGCGAGAUCCUGAGAACGGGCCUCCCCAGUACCGUAGCAGAACAGUGUUUGAGGAUACGACUCCGGAGAUGGUGAGGGACUUCUUCUGGGAUGACGAGUUCCGUUCCAAGUGGGAUGAUAUGCUUUUGUACUCUUCUACCCUCGAGGCUUGCAAGGACACUGGCACUAUGGUUGUCCAAUGGGUGCGCAAGUUCCCCUUCUUCUGUAGCGACAGAGAGUAUAUUAUAGGGCGUCGAAUUUGGGAUGCGGGCCGAGUGUAUUACUGCGUUACAAAGGGAGUACAAUACCCUAGUGUACCAAGGCAAAGCAAGCCACGGCGUGUCGACUUAUACUAUUCAAGCUGGUGCAUUCGUGCAGUUGAAUCGAGAAGAGGGGAUGGUGAGAUGACAUCAUGCGAGGUCAUGUUGUUUCACCACGAAGAUAUGGGGAUACCUUGGGAAAUUGCGAAGCUCGGGGUGAGACAGGGGAUGUGGGGUGCGGUGAAGAAGAUAGAGCCUGGGCUACGUGCGUACCACAAGGCCAGAGCAGCAGGAGCAGGCUUAUCACCGAGCGCAGAAAUGGCUCAGAUCAACACCAAAGUGAGUGCGGAGAGGUUCAUGAACGAGAGGGAUCCGACGGAAGAAGAGGUUACAGGAGGAGAGAAGCCGACGGGGAAAAACAUACCCAAGAUACUAGUGGUUGGAGGUGCGAUCGCGCUUGCCUGUACACUGGACAAAGGCCUGUUGACUAAGGCGGUGAUAUUCGGAGUAGCCAGAAGGCUGCAGAGUCAAAACUCGUUGAAAUUAAAGAGAGGAAGGAGCGAUCAAGUAAAGCAGCUACCUUGUCGACGCCAGUUGAAGCUGGCGUGGCUCUCCACACUGAGCUUGGCUGUUUGUAAGGCUAUUCAUCUGUUGGAAAUGCUCUCUUUGUAG